AUGCUUAUAGCAGCCACAAGAAGAAGAAGAACAACAACAACAACAACAAAUGCAACAACAACAUCUAUAAGUGCUUGGGAUGUGGUUUCUGAGUUAUUAGGCUGGUCCUAUUUCUUUGUUUGGUCAAUAAGUUUAUACCCUCAAAUUUAUCUGAAUUGGAAAAGAAAAAGUGUCAAAGGUCUAUCCAUUGAUUACUUGUUCUACCAUUGGCUUGGAUUUUUAUGUUACUCUGUGUACAAUCUGGCUUUCUUUUCGAAUGGCCAAAUUAGAGAUGAAUAUCGACAAAGAUAUCCGAAUAGUGAGAGUAAUCUCGUUCGAUUGAAUGAUGUUGUUUUCUCAAUUCAUGGCUUGGCUUUAUCGACGUUAUUACUCUUACAAACAUGCAUUUAUAAGAAGCAAUCCAAUCAAAAGAUUUCCUCGUUUGCUGCUUCCUUUGUGUGGCUCACCAUGAUAGGAAGUGUGCUUGUCGUUGCCAUUAUCCAUUAUGGAGGAUUUAUAUGGCUCGAUUUCAUGUAUUAUUUGAGUAGUGUAGAUAUGGUCUUGACAUUUAUCAAAUACUUACCACAGGCUUGGUUAAACUAUAAAAGAAAAUCCACAAGUGGAUGGAGCAUACAAUAUAUUCUAUGGGACUUGACAGGUGGUUUAUUGUCUAUCCUACAAUUACUCCUUGAUGCUUCUAUAGAUGGUGAUUUUUGGUCUGGUAUCGCGGGCGAUAACGUCAAGUUGGGUCUUGGCUUACUCGCUGUUUUGUAUGACGGGUUUUUCCUUCUUCAGCAUUAUGUAUUAUAUCCACGCCACUCUCAUCACCACCCAUUGUCAAGUCAUACGGACGAAGAAAGAAGAGGACUUUUGGGCGAAGGACACGUCUGCAUUGAAGACGAUGAAUACGAAGAGGAGGAAGGAGGGGCUUAUUUCACAACGGAUGAUGAUUUAAGUACGGACGACGACGAAGCAUCCUCGCUGUAUAACAGAGGAUCACGAAAACAAAAACGAAAUACUUGCCGACACGAUGACAGACGAAUCCAUUAUGGGACAACCUCAUGAAAACCAUAGCAGAUAUAUAAAUAUACAUAUUGGAUGGCUUGAAAAGAUAUGUCAAAUUAGAAUGGAGAUACAUAGAUCACCGUGUAAUAAUAAAUAAGAAUAUAUGUUAUAAGAGCGGGGGGGUUUUUUUUAAAAAAAAAAAAAAAAGAUGGACAUUUCUUUAAGAAAAGAAGCCGGUUCUAACGAUGUAUAAAAGACGUAUGAGUUGCUGUAAACGGUGACUCACAUUAUCAUCCUCCUAAUACUUU